CACGUGCCAGAAGAAAAAAUUGAAGAGCAGAAUUUCAUCUUACUUUGCCACCAAUGCAGCUGAUGAGGAGUGACAGAAAGGAAUACUAUGCUGUGAGUGCCAUCUGUUUG